UGGGGAGCGAUGGGGGCGGCAGAGGCAGCGGGGCCACUUGCUAGGCUGGGAACAAAAGCGCUCGGGGAGCAGCAGCCGGGCCAGACUUCGGGACAGCGGGUCCAGCUCCCCCCUCCCCGGGAUCCGACAGACUGAGACCUCCCCUGCCUCUCUGGGGACCGCGGACGCAGAGAAGCAACCUCUGGUUCCUAGUAGACUGUUAGUCUUUUUGACUGCUGCUGCACAUUGAGCAGAAGUUUUCAGACAACUAUCCACGGUGGCUCCAAGAUCUCUUUCUUGGGUGGUGAGCUAGAGCCCUCCAUGGCUGAGAUCGUGAUGAAGAAAGGGCUCCCCCUGGCUGGCCGGACCCUGGGGGAGUUCCCAGUAUCCCCUCUUCGCUUUGCGUCAGCAUCAGGGGGCCGCCAGAGGAACCUGGACCGCAUCAGGAGUGGAGCCAAGACUUGCAGCUCUGACUGGACCAUUAUGCCUGGUGUUAUUCCAAAAUCCUUUGCCAGUCCCAGACCUGCUCACCCAGGGUGCUGGUCUCCUGUGCUGGGGCAAGGCACUGGCUCUCUGCUGUGGACAUCACAGCUGGACCAUGUCCUGUCCCUCUUCCUGGUCCGCUCCAUGGGCCCCUGGCGCUUGUACCAUCAGAACUCUCCUGCAGUGGGCAGGCUGACAGCUGAAGACAUGCAAAAGGCCAGAGACGCCAAGGUGCCACCCAUCCGGCCCUACAGGCAUAUGCUCAGUGACAAAUCCUGUGAGCGGAAGGUCCCCGCGACUCGGCUCGGCAGGCUGGCCAACUUUGGGGGCUUAGCCGUGAGCGUCGGGAUCGGGGUCCUGGUGGAAGCUGCCAAGAAAUCCUUCCGGACAGAAACGGUUGUGAAAGGUGAGCCAUCACGCUCGAGCUCAGGUGCCCUCCUGUCUGAAGCCAAUGCAGAGCGGAUCGUCCGGACCCUGUGCAAGGUGCGGGGCGCGGCCCUGAAACUUGGCCAGAUGCUGAGCAUCCAAGACGACGCCCUUAUUAACCCUGCGCUCCAGAAGAUCUUUGAGAGGGUCAGGCACAGCGCUGACUUCAUGCCCACUAAGCAAAUGAUGGGGGUGCUGAACAGCGAGCUGGGCCCAGACUGGCGCAGGCGGCUGGCCUGGUUUGAGGAGCGCCCCUUCGCUGCUGCUUCCAUUGGGCAGGUGCAUCUGGCGCAGCUGCUGGAUGGGCGCAAUGUGGCCAUGAAGAUCCAGUACCCAGGCAUCGCCCAGAGCAUCAACAGUGACGUCCGGAACCUCAUCUCCCUACUGAGUCUGAGCAACGCGCUGCCUGAAGGGCUUUUCCCUGAACAUGCCAUCGAGGUGAUGAGCCGUGAGCUGGCCUUGGAGUGCGACUACAAGCGGGAGGCUGCCUGUGCCAUGAGAUUUCAGCAGCUGUUGCAGGGCGACCCGGUGUUCUAUGUGCCGUCGGUGAUUAGCGAGCUGAGCACCCAGCGGGUGCUGACCACGGAGUUGGUGCCCGGCUUCCCCCUCGACCAGGCCCAGGGGCUGGACCAGGAGACACGCAACAGGAUCUGCUCCAGUAUCCUUGAUCUGUGCGUGCGGGAGCUCUUCCACUAUCGCUACAUGCAGACUGACCCCAACUGGUCCAACUUCUUCUAUGAUCCACAUAGCGGCAAGGUGGCGCUGCUGGAUUUUGGAGCCACCCGCAGCUUCGACAAGGCCUUUACCGAUCAGUACAUUGAGAUCAUUAAGGCUGCGGCUGAGGGCGACCGGGCUGGGGUACUGCAGGGAUCCAUCGUGCUUCGGUUCCUCACAGGCUAUGAGACUCAGGCAAUGAAGGAUGCCCACGUAGACGCCGUGAUGAUCCUGGGCGAGGCCUUUGCUGCCGACAGCCCCUUCGACUUUGGGGCCCAGAACACGACGCACCGGAUACACACCCUCCUGCCCAUCAUGCUGCAACACCGCCUGAUACCGCCCCCCGAAGAGACCUACUCCCUCCAUCGCAAGAUGGCUGGCUCCUUCCUCAUCUGUGCCCGGCUUGGUGCCCGCAUCCCCUGCCGGCCCAUCUUCCGCCAGGCCUACGCCCGCUACUGGGGCCGGGAGGGCUGAGACUGCAGAGUGCGGGUGGCGUCCUGGUAGGGUGGGGGGCCCAGCAGACAUUUCGGUGUGUGGCACCCACAGGGUGGUUCUGGGGGUUUAGGGAUGCCAUCGUGGAGAGUACAUUGGGAGCCCCUGCGCCAUUGAAUGAUCGGAGUUUCAAGGGACCUUUCUGAGCUGGACUCAAGGGAUUUUUGAGGGAGACUUCAUGGAAUGAUGGGAAUUUCAAGGGAGCCCUCAGGUUCGUGACAGUUUCAGGGGGGCUCUCAGGGACUGGAGAAUUUCAAAGGGGCCCUCAUAGAAGGGUGGGACUGGGAAUUUCAAGGGCCCCUUAUGGGUAGGUCUCAGGUGAGUUUUGAGGGAGCCUUCAUGGAAUGAGAGGAGUUUCAAGGGAUCCUUAAUGGGAAGUCUUAUAUGAGUUUUGAGGGAGCCCUUACAGGAUGAUGAGAUUUUUGAGGAAACCCUUAAGAAAGGGAACACCAAGCAGAGGGAGCUGGGGAGGAGGUGAUUGGGUAAUUGUCAUAGACUUUAGGAAAGCUGGGGGGGGUUCCCUUUUCCCACCAUGGUCAUGCUGAUGAAUUCUAUACAAGCCUGUCCCCCACUGUAAACGCCAUGGGCCUGCCCUCCCUCCAUCUCUGCACCCAGCUGGGAUCCCCCGCCCAGAAACUGAACCAGGCCCUGUGGCUCUGUGGGGAACCCUCCACUUCAUGCUGGCAUCAAAGGAGGAGCAAAGGAGUUGAUGUCAUGACCCUCCCACAGCAGGGGAGCAACCCCAUCUGUCUCCCAGUCUGCAUGUAUCUCCCCAGCCAAUGUAGCCCAUGUACAUUGUGGUGUGUGCCUGUCUUCCGCUAGGGGCAGCACCAGGCAUUACAGCCCAUGCUCACUACAGCGUGCACAUGCGUGUCCUCGCCUAGGGCCUGAGCCAGGCAUUGUAGCCCAUGCACUUUACUGUAUGGAUAUCUUCCUCGAGGGGCAGCACCAGGCUGUGUGUUUGUGAUGUGUGCAUUUCCAAGUAAGGGCUGAGACAGGCUUUGCAGCCCCUGCACAUUGCUGUAUGGAUAUCUCCCCCUAGGGGGAGAGCCAAGCACUGCAGCCUAUGUGCAUUGCAGUAUGUGUAUGUCUCCCCCUAGGGGCAGAGCCAGGCAUUGUAGUGCUGGCACAUUGCAGUGUGUGUCUCCCCCAAGGUGGAACUCUAGGUAAUGCAGCACAUGUGCAUUGCAGUCAGGGUGUCUUCGCAAAGAGGCAACUCUGAGGAUUGUAGUCCAAAUGCAGCAACCACCAUAUCCCCAAUAAAAAGAAUGAAAUGCUGAA